AACACUCACCGCAGGAUGACAGCUCCUGUGCCUCAGGAAGAACUUUCGAUCCUUGAGGCGGUCAUCAAUAUCCGAAACCGCUUGACGGUACUCAAGAAGGACAGAGGGGACUAUAUUAAAGCAUCGGAUGUCAACAGCUUGUACCAAGCGACCAUCAAGCAAGUCACCAAGUUGAACGACGUACGCGACGAUGAUACGUCCCACAACAACCGCUUGGACACGACGCUCGCAGAUAUCUUCAAUCUGCUCUCUCUAUUCUUCCUGACUAUCGGGAAGACCAAAGAGGCCCCCGCCACUUACUCUCAGCUGGCUAGUAUGCGGCAAAUACUUGAGCAUAUGAACGAGUCGGCCAUAUACAACGAAUCCGACCUCGCACCGUUCCACCGACGCCUGGGCGAGCUACGCAACAUUAUAAAGCAUGACGCAGAAAGCGGCAAGCAUCCCGAAGCUAUGACGAAGCUGCUCGAGCGGCAGCUCAACGAAUGUUAUAGCAUCUUGCAAUCCCUUCUCGAAUCUCUUUCCAUUCUCUCGGUCGAACUCAUCCCGAUACAUGAAAAACUCGUGAAUAUCCGGCGGAAGCUAGUGGCCCUCGCCGCAAAGCAAGGACCACAUAAGGCCGAACUAAAACCUCUUCAAGAGGAAUUACGAAAAAUUGACUCUAAACGCGUUGACGGCAAGUUCCUCGGACCCGGAGGCAUGAUCCCAGCUUCGCAGGCUAUCUGCUCCUCACUUUUAGAGGAGUGCUUCGACAUUGCGCAGGAGAUACGUGCACAAGAGGAGUCUAAACACGUGGCUACCUCGCUCAAGCCUAUACACGACCGCUUACUCGAUCUCCGCGCCGAGCUUGAAGGUCUUGCGUUGACACACCGCUGGAGCCUCCGCGAGACGGACCUGUGGAACUAUUCGCUUAGUCUGCAAGAGAUCGACAAGAUGCGGGUCGAUGGGAAAUUCAUGGACUCUGAGGGAAAUCAACCCGCGGGGCAAUAUGUCUUGCUUUACCUUCUUCGACGAUGUUACGGUGUCAUCUACCGUCUCCUUUCGUCUAGCGAACCCGUGUCCGAAGAGCUUAUGCCUGUGGCGAAUAAGCUGUCGACCGUCAAGAAAUGUUUGAACGAAGUCCUCAAAUACGGUGGACCCUUUAGCCCGCGAGACUUGUAUCCUUAUCAGCUAGCGCUGUACCAGAUCGACUCGAUGCGCAAGGAUGGCAAGUUUGUUGGCGUGGAUGGGUCGGUGCCAGAGGGGCAAGGGAUAGUCAUGGCCCAUCUGAAUGAGUGCCAUGAGCUCCUAGAAAUGUUAAAGCAGUCCAUGGACGAGCACGAAGAAGAGGAAGACUCUACCGAGGACGAUGACACCAAUACGUUCGACCCCGACUCGACGGUCACGUCAGACGGGGACACCUAGCGGGCCUGAAUUUCUGCGAUCCUUCCCGCCCGUUCCUCGUCAUAUCAACCUAGCGCUCCAUUUUCUUCUCCCGUGCUAUAUCCGUGUAUCGUUACAAAUCUGCGCUGCCUCCUUUUCUCCUCGUCGAGUUUACGGACUAGAGUGUUCAUAUGCAUAGCGGAAGGAUCGCAACUCCCAAACCCGUGGUGUCUUUCACCUUUUAUCUUUCACCUCGCCCUCCUCUCUCCUCGAAAAUCGCACUCUUGCCGCUGCCUCCAUCGCUUUCUCCUUUCCUUGAAGAUUCAGUGCUUUCCUGCUGCACAAAUAUGCUACUAUGUACUUAUGAAUGAUUGUAUAGAUUUUCGGAUUGUAGAGCCUCGAAGCUCGUAUCAUGGACCAUU